UUAUAUGCUGGAGAUUGUUGACCAACACAAACCAAGAAUUUCGCGGCAGUGGCAUGUGUUGCAUAAGAAUUUUGGAAGAGUUCCACGGAUAUAAUGAAAGAACUAAGGCCAAUCAAAGAAUCUGGCUCAGCCGAAGAUUUUGAGAAAGAGGCGCUGAUUCAGCGGUUUCGAGGCUGCUCAAGCUCAGGAAAAAAUUAUAACAAUGGAAGUAAGAUCGUACGGAGAUUUAGAACCUCCUCUGCAGCUGAAGAAAUCAUAAGCCGGUUCACUUUUUACACACAGCUC